CCGAAAGUGUUGUAUCAAGCAGUAAAAAUGGAGGGCAGAUAAUAAGCAGGUGAAAAAAACAAACAAACAAAAAAAAAAAACCUUAAAAUUUGUUAUGUAGACGAAGUUCCAGGACAUAAAGGCGUUUAUAAACUGGUGUCGGUAAUACUAGCAUAGCUUAGUUAUCCUAACGUUAGCCUGGUUGUCAAAUAUUCAUACGUUAGCUACAGAUUAUAUCAAUUCACGGUAUUACGUUGUAUUUUGUCACUACGAACCUGCAAUGUGAGGGGUUUGGUCAUUUUUACAGUUUGUUUUAUAAAGUUUUGGAGACAUUUUAUCCAGAAACAUGGAACCGGAAUCUGAAAGCGUCUUCAGACCGGUGUAUGCAGAGGAUGAUGAGGACAAGAAGAACUGGGCAAGGCCACCAUCCAGCUAUGGUUCAAUGAAGAGUGAUAGUGAUGAUGUAGAUGAAGAUGAUGAAGAGGAUGUAGACCUGAUGGAGGAGCAAGAGCAGGGGGAGGAGCAGAGGGAGGAAGAGGAAUGUAAUCAAGAAGUUGCUGAGGCUUUUGUUUCACCACCUCCUCAAGUACAUCCCCCAUCUCCUAUAGUACAUCGUGAUGCUCCUGUCUAUGAGGGAACAGGGAUGCAGCUGGUUCGUUCAGAAUCUCCAGAGACCCUCUUUACCAUGUCCACACAGCAGACAAAACCACCAGGAGCUAUUGUUAUUGACACAAGGUCUGAUAUAGAGUGUAAUUCAGAGGACGAUGACAAGGAUUUGGAUGAACCUUUGGAUUCCCGGAAUAACUCACCAGAACCACCUGAGCCUCUUGAAUAUGAUGAUGGAAUGCAGAUGGAUGAAUACGGCCAGCCAGGCAUGCUGCAUCCUGAACAAGAUCUGGCCCAUGUAUUUAAGACAAUCCAGAAUAUUCUCACAUCACUCACCAAGGAGGAGCUGCUUCAAUUUAAGAUAUGGUUUUCUUCAUGGGAAAAACAAAUAACACUGCAACAUAUGAUGGAGGGAGAUAUCCUUGAUUUUGUGGACAGGAUUAUAGAGGUCCUUGGCAUGGAACGUGCACUGACUCAUACAAUACACACCUUAGGAGGCAUCAACAAGCAACAGGAGUCAGAACAACUACAUUAUCAGUGCAGGAGAGCACUGAUUCGUUGGCAGCUAAAGCAGCAUUUAGAAAGAUACUACAUCCUCCGAGAGGGGAUUACUCAAGCUGGAAAACAGAGUAUUCUGGACAACGUCUUUGUCGAGCCCCAAAUUUCCAUUGGUUUUCAUGGAGGUUUUGAUCCAUCUCAUGAGUUUAAACCUCAGCCUCCAACACCUGUCCAGGUUCCCAGUGCAGACACCUUUGUUAGUGUGGACAAUUUGUUUCGAUUGAAGAAGCAAGAUGGUCAGCCUGUGCGGACAGUAGUGACCACUGGGAUCGCAGGAAUUGGCAAGUCUGUGUGCGUGGCCAAAUUUUGCUGGGACUGGACAAACCAAAAGGCCAAUAAGGAUCUGCAGUUUGUCAUCGAUAUCUCCUUCCGUGGUAUCUGGCUGUUACGAAACCUACACCUUCCUCCUUCAAAGAAAAUGUCUAUCAAGGAAUUGAUAAACCAUUAUCAUCCUCAUUGCAAAAAAAUGGAAUAUCUGGAUGCAGAGGAUUGCAAAUAUGUCAUUGUAAUGGAUUCAUUUGAUAGAUACCAAGCUCAGCUGGACUGGAAGAAUACUCCAGUAGUAAAUGACAGUAACACCCAAGAACAUCCUGACGUCCUGAUUGUAAAUCUCAUCAGAGGCAAUCUGCUUCCAACCGCCCGUGUCUGGAUCAUUGGUCGACGAGCAGCGGUCUCACAGAUUCCUUCUGAAUUCAUAGAUGUUGUCACAGAAGUACAGGGCUUUAGUGAUGAGAUGAAAGACGAAUACUUGACGAAACGCUUUGCUGAUGCACAACUUGCAGCAAAGAUCGUCACACAAUAUAAGCGCCAACCGACACUGCGCAUACUUGCUCACCAUCCCUUUACAUGCUGGAUAUUUGCGACGGUGUUUAAGCGCAACUUCUAUGAUGAGGACUAUGGGGUCCACCCGCCCAGGAUAACCCCAUUCUACCUAAACAUAUUGCUCGUCCAGAUGAAUCGCAGGCUGCAGUUCUACUUUGGACAAGCAGAACACGAACUGAAAUGGCGUGAUGAAGACAAACAGCUGGUGAUAAAGGUCGGGAAGAUGGCCUUAAAAAUGCUGGAGAGAAAUGCCAGUGUUUUCUAUGAAGACGACCUGAAGGAGUACUCUCUGAAUGUGCAGGAUGUGACAGUGUUUAUGGGCAUAGUUACUGAGAUCCCUUCGUCUUCACAGAGGAGGACCUUCUGCUUUGUUCACUUUACCGUUCAGGAGUUCAUGGCCGCUCUGUACGUCUUCACAACAUUCCGUGAGAAAGGGAACGUACUGGAGUCAACCAGGUCCAAGAUUUUCUCAUUCAAAGACACCAAAUCAGCGGCCACCCUGCUCCACAGUGCCCUGGAUAGAACCUUAAACGCUCCACUAGGACAGUACGACAUGUUCCUCCGCCUCCUGUGUGGGCUGGUUAAUCCGGACUGCGUUCAUCUGAACGGCUAUCUCUACCACCACCACACUCCGAAGCUGCCCGGGAUAGAAGAGGCGGCGAAACUGCUGGAGAAGACCAUAGACAAAGCUCCAGCAGAGAGGCUGAAGAACUUAAAGGAGUGUCUGAGGGAGAUGACACAGAAUGAUGAGUAACUUUAAACGGACUCUGUGGAUGUCGGCUCAGUUAGGACCAUUUGUCUCCUUACAAUAAACAAAAUAUUCAGAUCUCUUCGUUGAACUCAAGCCAUUAGUUCACCUCUGUGACAUUUUGGCUGUGACACUGGUCACACUAGACCAGUACUUUUUCAAUAUUAACAUUAAACAGUCCAUCAGUACCAGACUAUCAUGUGACUAUGCAUUCCUUUUAAUGGACUUAAUGCAGUACCAUGUGACUGCAUUAUUUCUAAGCACUAAUUAUGAUACCAUCUUAUAAUUAUUUAUCCUCAUCCGGCUACCUUAACCAUUUAGACAUUUUUUAUUCUUCUAUUGUCUUCAUUCCAAUACAUGGACUUGCCAAGGAAAUACAAAAUAAAGGAGUUUAGAUCAAAAUAUGAAUAGACUCAUUGAAAGCUUUUAGAUUAAUCAAAGCCCAACAAUGAAUUACAGACAAACCAAAAACACAUAGAACCAUUUUAAAAUAGCUUUAAUGAAUCUGUCAGUGCCUCAUUAUGUUUUAAUCCAAAUGAAAACCUUUGAAUCAUGCUGUGAAUGAAUGUUAAUUACGUGUCAUUGGGUUUUAUAGUAUGUGCCUUUAAAUGUCUUUUUCCAUGCACACUUUCUGAAACUAUUCAUAAAUAUAGAAUGAAAUAUAGGGAUUAUAUUUUUCAAACAUUUGGAGUGUGCUUGCAUCUGUGUCGGAUUUUGUGAGUGUAAAACUGUCCCAAACAUUUGAGAUGGAAAAAAGAAAAAAAGAUUUAUGAUAGCUUUUUUUGUGUGUGUUUUAUUAUUUAAGGUAACUGUGUCAGCUGUUAUUUGUGCAAGUUUCAAAAUCAGUUACAAAUUGUGUUGAUUUUCAAAAGUUACAUUUUAUUUGUGAAUGUGGAUCAACAUCAGGUUCAUGUAAUCUGCUUGUUUUUGUCUUUCUCAGGUGUCAUGUUUGUCAGCAGUUUUUAAUAAUGAUGGCAAUUUAUUAAACAUGUAUAAACAAACGU